CUCUCAGCUGCCUCCUUCGGCUAGCAGUUAGCAUUUCAUUCGGACCGACAAACCGCCGUCAGAGAUUCGCGUGCAGCCCGACACUUUCACCGGUACCGCCGCGCUUCCACCCCUGUCCUCCUCCCGGUCGGUUCCGGACCCCCGUGGUGGAGCCUCAAACAUGUCGGCGGUGCAGCGGAUGAAAGUGGCGAACGAGCGGCACAGCAAGACCAUCACACAGCGGGGACACGUCCAGAAAACAUCGAGGCCUGUGAAUGAGGAGAAGUCUCCAGUCGGCCCGUGGCUUCUCGCUCUGUUCGUCUUCGUGGUUUGUGGAUCAGCCAUCUUCCAGAUCAUCCAGAGCAUCAGGCAGGGCAUGUGAUGACCAACCUGUCACAAGUGGGGGAGGUGGUAUUUUGACAUUAUGACCCCGCCCCCAACACGCUCGGGGUCUCCCCGUCCCGUGUUUUUCUACUCCCCCUCCUCACGGUGGAUGAAGCUGAUCAGAUAUUGGUUAUUGAUUACUGGCGGUGGUUCCUCCACUCUGACCAGAGAUCACCUGAAUGAGCCUUAUCAGGAAAGACUGCUGCUGCCAACGACACCUCUGCACAUUUCACAGUAAAAGACCUUCCUGUAGGCUUUUAUUGUGAAGGAUCCAUUUCAUUUCAAGUGGAAUAAUCAAAUGAGCUGAUAUGUUAAAUCCAAAACAUCUGCAAGACAAACAAACUCAUCGGAAAGACGCCAUGAAGCCUGGAAAUAAUCUGGGAUAUUUGUAUAGAACAGCUGCAACGUCAAAUCUGAUCUGAGGUCACAGCUUCAGUCUGACUGACGUGAGGUCAUGUGAGGACGUGUGGACAUAUGAAGACGUGUGAGGACAGGAGACAACUUCUAAAGACACUUGUGAAGACUUGUCAGGACAUUUGUGGACAUAUGAAGACUUCUGAGAACAUGAAAACUUGUAAGGACAUAUGACGACGUGAAAACUUGUGAGGACACUUGUGAGGACUGGACGAGCCAGUGAACUGCUGGUUUUUGAAGGUGAAGCUUCCAGCUGGACAACAAGCUCCACUUUUCUACAAAAUAAAGCAGAUAUUUUUCUCUA